AUGACGCACCUAGGCGCGCGGAGCCCGCCUCGGGGCGGGGCGGGGCGGGGGGAGGGGUGUCGCGCGGACGCCCUUCGGGCCGAGGGAGGUGGCGCCAUCUUGGUGCGCGGCGGCGGGGAGCGACGGGCAGGGCUGGCCCGCACCGGCGCUCCCUCAGGGGCCGAGCUGCGCUUCAGGGCAGCGUGCUACCCCGCGGGCAGCGCUUCCCGGGCCCGAGGCGACACUGAAGCUUUUCUGAUGAAAAAUGCUAAAGUCAAGUUGUGUUUACAAGCCAGCCCAAUGAAUGGGGAUUUAUUGCUGGAGGACUGUAAUCCAGAGUCAGAUUUCCAGGACUGGUCUUGGCAAGUGGGCAGUAGCCAGGGCUACCUGGUGGCAAACAGGAAAGGAGUCGCUCUCGAUAAAGUGAGAGGCCUCAAGGCCCAAUGGCAAGAUGUUGCAGACAGGAGCGUGUGCAAGGAGAAAGCAGCUGAGGCAGAGCAAGACAGGUACUUCCCUGCAGCCCUUGCCAGCACACACAUGUAUGAUGACACAGCAGGCAAUGCAACCCUUACGCUGGGUGUAGAUCCAGAAGAGCUGGAGGAGCUGCUCUGGUUUUUCCGCAGAGAAGACUCAUCAACAUGGAAUUACUCCGUUCUUGCGCUUUCCUUCAUGGCCAUGAUUUUGGGUCUUCUUCUUCUGGCUAUUAACAUUGUGCGAAACAGGAAAAGGAAGAUCCACAUGUAUAGCGAAGUAGAAACCAUGCAGCAGGCUGAGCUGGAAGCCAAGCAAGCCCUGAUGCCUGUGCAGGAAUACAGCCCGGCCAAACCAGGAGAGCAGGAGCUGGUGCCCCAGGAUCAGAGACCAGGAGAAGUGGUGGUCCAGUGGAAGGAUGGAACUGUCACGUCUCUGUACACAGAGAGGUCUGAGGAUGCCAUGUAA